CGUAGGCAGAGAGCCUUCCUUUUCCGAUUCUCUAUUUCCUUUCCUCAUUCCCAAUCUCCGAUCCAUCCCUAAAAACAACUGACGAGAGAUCGAUGAUGAUGAAGAUGCCUUGGAGGAGGAAGAGCAGGAGCUUCCAUCUUCAGUUACAAGGGGCAAUUGGUACCAUUCAAUCUCCAUUCCUAUUCUUAUUUACCAAUUAUUGCCAUUCUUCUACUUCCACACUUGAAGAUGCACGCUUCUUGACAAAUAACUUCAAAUCUGCUUCUUUUACCCGCCUUGAUGAUGCCAUUGCUUCCUUCAAUCAUGUAAUUCAUAAGCAUCCUCUGCCUUCUAGGGUUCCAUUUAAUAGAUUCUUAUCUGCCCUUGUGAAAAUGAAACAAUACCACACUGUCCUUUCCAUGUCCAAAACAAUUGAAUUGCUAGGAAUCUCUCACGAUGUUUAUUCUCUUAACAUCUUAAUUAAUUGCUUCUGCCGUUUACAUCUUGUGGAUUUUGGCUUCUCUGUUUUUGGUAAGAUGCUCAAAUUCGGAUUGGAGCCUACCACUGUGACAUUUACUACCUUAAUUAAUGGGCUUUGUAUAGAGAGUAAAAUGGACAAAGCAGUGGAAUUUUUCGAUGAUAUGGUUGCACGUGGUUAUCAACCUAAUGUUUAUACUUACAGUGUGAUAAUAAACGGAAUGUGUAAAUUUGGGAAAACAAGUGUGGCUAUUAGGCUACUAAAGGGAAUGGCUGAUAGAGGUUGUGAGCCAGAUGUUGUGACAUACGGAGCAAUCAUUGACGCCCUUUGCAAGGAUGAGCUAGUUGGUGAGGCUUUAGAGCUCUCCUCUCAAAUGAGGAAUAAGGGCAUCUCACCUAAUGUCAUCACUUACACUAGUUUAAUUCAUGGUGUUUGCAAAUUAGGCCAAAAGAACCAAGCUUUGGCCUUGGUGAAUGAAAUGGUGGAGCAAAACAUAUUACCAGAUGUUUAUACCUUCAGUGUAUUGAUUGACGCACUUUGUAAGGAUGGAAUGGUUGCAGAGGCUCAAAAUACAUUCAAUGUAAUGAUUCAAAGAGGUGUAGAGCCUAAUGUGGUCACCUACAAUUCCUUAAUUGAUGGUCUUUGCAUUUCAGACCAAUUCAAGGAAGCUUUGGCCUUGUUGAAAGAAAUGGUGGGGAGGAACAUAUCCCCUGAUGUUUUUACCUUCAAUAUAUUGAUUGGCACUCUUUGUAAGAAAGGACUAGUUUCAAAUGCACAGAAUAUAAUCAAGAUAAUGAUUCAAAGAGGUGUGGAACCUGAUGUUGUCACUUAUAAUUCAUUGAUGGAUGGAUAUUGUCUGUGCAAGCAAAUUGAUAAGGCUAGAAAGAUAUUUGAUCUGAUGGUGACCAAUGAAAUAGCUGACUUUUUUAGCUACAACAUUUUGAUGAAUGGAUAUUGUAAGUGCAAAAUGAUAGAUGAUGCAAAGGAGAUUUUUGAUGAAAUGUCUCAUAAAGGUUUAGUUCCUGAUGCUGUUACUUAUCAUACUCUUAUAAAGGCUAUGUUUCAAGCAGGGAGGCCCCAAACUGCAAAAGAGCUCUUUAAGGAUAUGUGCUCUCAUGGUCAACAGCCAAAUAUAGUAACCUUCUCAAUUAUGAUUGAUGGCUUGUGUAGUCAGGGGAAUCUCGAUGAGGCACUCACCCUAUUGAAAGCAAUGGAGAAAAGUCAGUUGAAGGCUAAUUUUGUGAUCUAUAGCAGUCUGAUCAAUGGUAUGUGCAAAGUUGGGAAGAUUAAUGAUGCCAAGGAACUUUUUUCUAGUCUUUUUGAAAUUGGUUCACAACCUGAUGUUUAUGUAUAUAAUGCAAUUAUGAAAGGACUCUGCUGGUUUCUCAAGCAUGAGGAUUUACCAAAAGCAUCAGAACUAAUCAAUGAAAUGGUUGAUAAGGGGUUCUCUGCUGAUGCUGCUACCACAGAAUUGUUACCACUUUACCCGCAGGCAGAGAGCCUUCCUUUUCCAAUUCUCUAUUUCCUGUCCUCAUUCCCAAUCUCCGAUCCAUCCCUAAAAACAACUGACGAGAGAUCGAUGAUGAUGAAGAUGCCUUGGAGGAGGAAGAGCAGGAGCUUCCAUCUUCAGCUACAAGGGGCAAUUGGUACCAUUCAAUCUCCAUUCCUAUUCUUAUUUACCAAUUAUUGCCAUUCUUCUACUUCCACACUUGAAGAUGCACGCUUCUUGACAAAUAUCUUCAAAUCUGCUUCUUUUACCCGCCUUCAUGAUGCCAUUGCUUCCUUUAAUCAUGUAAUUCAUAUGCAUCCUCUUCCUUCUAGGGCUCAAUUUUGUAGAUUCUUAUCUGCCCUUGUGAAAAUGAAACAAUAUCACACUGUCUUUUCCAUGUCCAAAACAAUUGAAUUGCUAGGAAUCUCUCACGAUGUUUAUUCUCUUAACAUCUUAAUUAAUUGCUUCUGCCGUUUACAUCUUGUGGAUUUUGGCUUCUCUGUUUUUGGUAAGAUGCUCAAAUUCGGAUUGGAGCCUGACGUUGUGACAUUUACUACCUUAAUUAAUGGGCUUUGUAUAGAGAGUAAAAUCGACAAAGCAGUGGAAUUUUUCGAUGAUAUGGUUGCACGUGGUUAUCAACCUAAUGUUCGUACUUUCAAUGUGAUAGUAAACGGAUUGUGUAAAUUUGGGAAAACAAAUGUGGCUAUUGGGCUACUAAAGGGAAUGACUGAUAGAGGUUGUGAGCCAAAUGUUGUGACAUACAGUGCAAUCAUUGACGCCCUUUGCAAAGAUGAGCUAGUUGGUGAGGCUUUAGAGCUCUUCUCUCAAAUGAGGAAUAAGGGCAUUUCACCUGAUGUCAUCACUUACACUAGUUUAAUUCAUGGUGUUUGCAAAUUAGGCCAAAAGAACCAAGCUUUAGCCUUGAUGAAUGAAAUGGUGGAGCAGAACAUAUCACCUGAUGUUUACACCUUCAGUGUAUUGAUUGAUGCUCUUUGUAAGGAUGGAAUGGUUUCAGAGGCUCAAAAUACAUUCAAUGUAAUGAUUCAAAGAGGUGUAGAGCCUGAUGUGGUCACUUACAAUUCCUUAAUCGAUGGUCUUUGCAUUUCAGACCAAUUCAAGGAAGCUUUGUCCUUGUUGAAAGAAAUGGUGGGGAGGAACAUAUCCCCUGAUGUUUUUACCUUCAAUAUAUUGAUCGACACUCUUUGUAAGAAAGGACUGGUUUCAAAUUCAGAGAGUAUAAUCAAAAUAAUGAUUCAAAGAGGUGUGGAACCUGAUGUUGUCACUUAUAAUUCAUUGAUGGAUGGAUAUUGUCUAGGCAGCCAAAUUGAUAAGGCUAGAAAGCUAUUUGAUCUGAUGGUGACCAAUGAAAUAGCUGGCAUUUUUAGCUACAACAUUUUGAUCAAUGGAUAUUGUAAGUGCAAAAUGAUAGAUGAUGCAAAGCAGAUUUUUUAUGAAAUAUCUCAUAAAGGUUUAGUUCCUGAUGCUUUUACCUAUCAUACUCUUAUAAAGGGUAUGUUUCAAGCAGGGAGGCCCCAAACUGCAAAAGUGCUCUUUAAGGAUAUGUGCUCUCAUGGUCAACAGCCAAAUAUAGUAACCUUCUCAAUUAUGAUUGAUGGCUUGUGUAGACAGGGGAAUCUCGAUGAGGCACUCACCCUAUUGAAAGCAAUGGAGAAAAGUGAGUUGAAGCCUAAUUUUGUGAUCUAUAGCAGUCUGAUCAAUGGUAUGUGCAAAGUUGGGAAGAUUAAUGAUGCCAAGGAACUUUUUUAUAGUCUUUUUGAAAUUGGUUUACAACCUGAUGUUUAUGUAUAUAAUGCAAUUAUGAAAGGACUCUGCCAACAAGGAUUAACGGAUGAAGCUUAUAAGGUAUUUAAAGACAUGGAAAAGGUAGGAUGUUUACCAAAUAAUUGUUGUUAUAAUAUCAUCAUUCAAGGGUUUCUCAGGCAUGAGGAUUUACCAAAAGCAUCAGAAUUAAUCAAUGAAAUGGUUGAUAAGGGGUUCUCUUCUAAUGAUGCUACCACAGAAUUGGUAGUACAUUUAUCGCGGAAUAAUGAUCUCAUUCUGAGGCUUUUAAAGGUGCGCAAUGAGGGAUCAACAAACUAA